UCCAUCUUGAAGCCACCAAUAAAUCGACAACAAAGUAGAAAUGGGAUAGGACAAAAUCACAAAACCAAGUGUUUCUCUCUCACAACUUGAUAUCACUCUGACUGACCCUGUUGCGUGCAGCAUCCUCGCUUGUUCAGUCGCUCACAUUAUUGCUCAGGAAGAUUUCAUUUAGCCUUCAGUGACAAUGGCUAGAUGGGAUGCAAUCUUGUCUCUUCCGGUGCAGAAUCCCACCUUGGAAAUUUCUUCUGAUAACUUAGUUUGGUCGAAAGUGGAAGGUUGGCAUGAUAAAUUAGAUAGAGUUGCUUUAAUCCCAUUUGCUAGAGUUAAUGAUUUUGUCAAGGGUGAAUCUAAUAAUAAAGAAUGUCCUACAAGAUUUCACGUCGAAGCAAGGCGUCGACGAUCUCCAUCAACGACUUCCAAGAAAAAGGUUGAUGGCAUACUAGAGUAUAUUUUGUAUUGGUGUUCCUUUGGUCCAGAUGAUCAUCGAAAAGGUGGAGUUGUUCGACCAAGUCGAACUUCAUAUGCUCCAAAGAAGAAAAAUGCUGGUCGCCCAAAUACCAAGCGAGGUUGCACCUGUCACUUCAUUGUCAAACGUCUCAUAGCUGAACCUUCGGUUGCCUUGAUCAUAUAUAACGAUGACAAGCAUGUGGAUAAAAAGGGUUUACCAUGCCAUGGCCCACAGGAUAAAAAGGCUGCUGGAACACCUGCUGAGUUUGCCCCAUAUAUUUCAGAAGAUCUCCGACUUCGGGUUUUAUCCCUUCUAUAUGUUGGAGUGUCGGUGGAGACCAUUAUGCAGAGGCACAAUGAAUCAGUUGAGAAACAAGGGGGUCCAUGUAACCGCGACGACCUUUUGACUCACCGUUAUGUUCGACGACAAGAGAGGGAAAUCCGUCGUUCUACAUAUGAGCUAGAUGCUGAUGAUUCUGUUAGUAUCAGCAUGUGGGUUGAAAGCCGCCAGAGUAAUGUUUUCUUCUACCAAGAUUUCUCUGAUUCUGAUCCAUUCAUUUUGGGCAUUCAAACUGAGUGGCAAUUGCAACAAAUGAUUAAGUUUGGGAACCGUGGUCUGCUUGCAUCUGAUUCACGAUUUGGUACAAAUACAUUAAAGUACCCGGUUCAUAGUCUUCUAGUGUUCAACUCAGACAAGAAGGCCAUUCCUGUGGCUUGGAUAAUAACACCAAAGUUUUCAUGUUUGGAUGCCCAUCGAUGGAUGAGGGCUCUGCAUAAUAGAGUACACAACAAAGAUCCUACUUGGAAAUUAGCUGGCUUCAUAGUAGAUGAUCCACAGUAUGAUGUCCCAGCAAUCAGGGACGUGUUUCAGUGCUCAGUAUUAAUAAGUUUCUGGCGGGUUCGACAUUUAUGGCAUAAAAACAUAAUGAAGUGUUUGGAAACGGAUAUGCAAAUAAAGAUAUCCCAACGGCUUGGUUGGAUAAUGGAUAGUAUUUGCCGCCGUCAGGGAACCAUGUCACUCUUUGAAGAUUUUGUGGAGGACUUCAUUGAUGAAUUCAAUUUUAUGGACUAUUUCAAGGCAACUUGGUAUCCUCGAAUGGGAGCAUGGGCUGAUGCACUUAAAACUUUUCCGCUUGCUAGCCAGGAAUCUUGGGCAGCAAUCGAGCUUUACCACAACCAACUGAAGAUCAGGCUGUUGAAUGAGAAAGACGUCGACGCUUAUCAGCGUGCUGACUGGUUGGUUGACAAGCUAGGCACAAAAGUCCAUUCUUAUUUUUGGCUUGAUGAAUGCUCAGAUAAAGACGGUUUUGCACGAUAUUGGAAAAACGAAUGGACGAGUGGUUUGGCAUCAUGGCGCAAAGCAUUGAAGAUUCCAGAUACCAAUGUCUUAAUGGAAGAUGGGCGUGCUAAGGUGAAAGACGAAGAUGACCAAGAUAAGACUUAUAUUGUAUCGAACCCUGGUUCAAUGUUGAGCAUCUGUGAUUGUUGUUGGGCAAAAGAUGGCAACCUUUGUGAGCAUAUCUUGAAAGUUCUUAGUGUCUUCCGAAGUAGAGGAUCAGUUCUACCAUCUAUCAGCUUAUUGCAGUAUCACCAGGCGUUAAAAAGCAUGCUGCAUUGCCCACCUUUUGAUUCUUUAAUUCGUGAUCAUGCUGUGUCUUUGGCAGUUUCAGUUCAGAGGCAGUUAAAUACGCUGCUCGAUAAAGAAAGUGUCAACACUGCUGUGGAGCCUAAUGAGAAACGGAUCUUUAUUGAUAUCCAUCAGGAGAGCUCCAGGGUAGUUUCAGCUGCCCAAAAUCAAGCCUUAGUUUGUAAGAUGCAUGCUGUUAAUGAUCUUUUAUCUUGGGACAGCGGUACUAGAUAUGGAAAACCAUCUGAGAUUGCUGGAGAGAACAGUUUACAUGCUGACAUGGAUGUUGACCAAUCAUCAAUUUUUGUUCCUUCUUCUGGAUUGUAUUCUGUUGAUGAGACUGUUUCAAGUAAUAAUGCAGUCCUGGAGGCAUCUAAAGUAAAUUCUGCUUCGUAAAAUGGUGUUGCUUUGGAUGAGAUUAAUGAAGAUAUUUGUAAGGGUAAUAAUUCUAUGGAUGUGGAUCCCCUAACCUUAGACAUCCCCUCAUAAAUGGAGGCAUCUAAAGCUUCAGAAUGGUGCUAAUGUCUUGAAUGAAGGAUGCUGAUAGCCACUUGAGCUCCUCUUAAACAUCCAUGGUGCCAAUUCCAUGAAUGUGAUUUCUCUAUGCACUGGUUCACUAAUGAUUCAUUUCAAAAGUAUUCCCAUAUUUGUCUAAAUUUUUGUUCAAUUUAUUAUAAAUUGAGAAAUAAUUUUCUAA